AUGCCGUCACUCCCUGAGAGCUUCACCACUGGCAAAUCUUUCCUCAUCUGUUUCGCCAACCUCCUCUUGGUCCUUCUCGUCCUCAGUUCCUCUGGCGUUCACGGUGCUUCGCUCAGAGAGCACAGACUACGAGGAAGUGAAUCCGACUUCCAGAGAGGAAAUGUCCGCCCAGCACCUAACACCGAUAUGCUGAAAGCCUUGGAGUACAUCGAGAGUCUCCAUCAAAGAACCGGCAUGGACUCCCAGCAGCACGCCCCUGUCACUGCAGGGACUGAUGGCAGCAACACAGAUGAUGCUGAGAAGCUGCGCGCCAUGCUGAGACUGGCUUCAAACCCUACACAAAGCAAAGAUGAGGAGGAAGAGGAGGAGGAUGAGGGAAGGGAGGAUAAGAGUGAAGAGCUGCUGCAGGCUGUGCUCAGCACGCUCCAGCAGACGGAAAAGGCCUACAAGCCGGCUUCGCUUCGCCCCAGCGCAGAAGGAACAGGCGUGAAGGUCGGCACGUAUCCCAGGGUGCAGCAGAAGCAGCAAGGCAUCAUGCCUCACAAGAAGCUGCCCUUGAUGUUUGAGGAUGAGGAGGAAGGUGAGGGGGAUGAGGAAGAGGAUGAGGACCGGCCAGAGCACGAGAGCCCCUUCAAGCGCACCAACGAGAACGUGGAGGAGAAGUACACUCCUCAGAACCUGGCCACGCUGCAGUCGGUGUUCGACGAACUGGACAAGCUGACCAGUACAAAGACCCUCCGCAAGCGGGAAGAUGAGGAGGAUGACAUGGAGGAGGAGGAGGAGGAUGGGGAGGAAGAUGGCGAUAUGUUUAAUGUGAGGAACGUAGCAUAUGACGACAUAGGCGGGGAUCUGGCAGACUGGGGUCCACUGGAGGAGGAGGAGGAGGAGGAGACGGACAACAAACAUGACGUCGACAGAGGGCUCGAUUACAUCGAUGACAACGACGAAGAAGCUGAUGAGGAUGACGAGGAGGAAGAUGAUGAAAGCUACCCAAUCAAAAGGUCAAGCGAUCCAGACGACGUAGCUAAUCUGGUGGACUAUUACCUCCUGAAAGUGCUGGAGAAAACAGAAGAGGAAGAGCAGAAACGAGAGAUCGAGGAGGAAGAGGAGAAGGAGAGGGCUGAGAGGAGAGUGGCUCAGACACAGUACAGAGACAACGUCGAUCCAAGAGUUAUCUACCAGCUCAUUCAGAUCUCCCAGAAAUACCAGAUCCCACCUGAGGACCUGAUAGACAUGCUCAGAACCGGUGAAAAGACAUAUCAAGACAAGUUGCGAAAGAGCAACGAGUUAGCCAGAGCAGAAAGCCAGCUCUCUCAGAUUUCCUCAAAGAAGACACACAAGUUCCCCGAAGCCAAAUACUACAACAGACGCCUGCCUUAUGGACAAAAGACGCCAGAAGAGCAGAGGACAGAAGAAAUCCUCAAAAUCCUGGGCUUGGGAGGCGCAGAGGAUUCACCUCCUGUCAGGAAGCAGAAGCAGCACAAAAGCUCACUGUCACGACUUCACACUCCGCCUGCAGGGCGUUUGGGGGAAUCCGCUCCCACGCAACGGCGCCUUCCCGGCACUUUCAGAGACGACUAUGACGACACCGUCGACGAGGACGAACUGGCAGCGUACCUCGCAGCUCAGAUGCUGGCACAGUAUCCCAAACCAGCGUACAGCAACAGAAAGGCGAGCCAAAAGCGGGAUGAGGUCGGGCAGAACAUGACGGGCUCUUUUGAAAAGGCGAUAGAGGAAUAUUUUGAUCAAAUGGACUCGGACAAAAGCCAGAAUGAAAAGAGACAGUCUGAGGAUGACGAGAGGGGCGAUGACACGCAAAUGCAGGGCUUCGAGAAUGAGGCGGUGAUGAAACUGCUGAGCUACCUGAACCCAGAAACUGAGGAAAGUGAUGCCAAAGCUGCCCAAGGAAUAUAAAUAAGGCUGUAGAUACAUAUACAUAAAUAUAUAUUGUUUUGGUGGAGGGAAGAGGGUGAAAAUAAAGUAUUUUGAAGAAAAAAAACAUGCCGUCAACUUUAGUUAUUCUGUAGGUUUACAAAAGUUUAUUAGCAGAAAUGAGUGAUUGAACAUUCAUCUGAUGUUUUUAUUUAUUUUAUAUAUAUAUAUAUGAGUUAAUUGCUCAAAAACACUUUACAAC